UCUAAACCGAAUACAUAUGAGCACGUGACACCGCAAUCCGCGAAAUCUCGAAACUCCAAUCAACGACACCCAUCUCCAUCCAGCUUGAAUUGAACGCCAACACCAUCCCGUCAUGAAUCUUUCGACAUUCCGGCCGGUCUUCCGACCCAUUGGGAACAUAUCACGACUCGGACAGGCCACGGUCCUCAGCCAAAAUGCCCCUUUCACACGAUCCCCGACAACGCCCAUAACCAGCACAUCUUCAUUCUCCAGCACCGCGAACCUUCAGAAGCGCAAAAGAGGCGGCCCCGCUCCAGACCCUCGUAUCACUUCUAUCCGCUACUUCCUCUACCACCCCCUGACCCCCCGACCCCUCCAUUUCUCCCGCCUCCGCUACCUCCGCCACUGGACAAUCCACCGUGCAUGGAUGCUUUUCCUGCGCAAACGCCGGCGUGCCGAGGAGCUCGAUCUAGAGCGCCAGUAUAACAGCAUGCGCGACGCGUGCGAGCACCUGCGGCUCCUUGACGGUAACGGCAUGCGUGUCAGCGAUGCCGAGGCCGGCGGGCAGGGCCCCGAUCCAGGUUCCUUGGGUGUCAAGGGUAAAGAUGUGGGCAGGAUUUAUCGGUCUGCUAUGCUUAAGAGAGGGGUUUAUGGAAGUGUGCCGAUUGAGUAUGCGAGGGCUCAGACGGAUUUUCCGAGCCGUGAUGGGUGGAAUCAUGCGUGGACCAGGGAUUGA